AUGUCCAGCUCGCCCCGUAACGCCCGAAAUGCCGCACCCGCGACCCUGGUGAGCCCCGCGCAUUCGUCGUCGACGUUGUCGUCCUCGCCCGUUCUCACUACCACUCCUACCACCACCACCACCACCACCACCACAAUCAUCACCACCACUGCUUUCGCCCCCGUCUCCAGCUCCGCGCCCUGUGGGACUCCUGCUCCCAUCGCUGAUCCUGGAGCUGGAUCGGACGCUGCCGUUGCCGCUGCCGCUGCCGCUGCCGCUGCCGCUGCCCAGCCAGAGCAUCAGCAGCGACUACCUCUGCCCUCAUCCCUUCCGCCCUCUCUUCGAGACACCCCCCUGGCCCAAGCUGCAGAUCUACCCCCUGCCACGGCCGCUGCCACCCAGCACCAGCAGGAUACCUCGAGCCAUCCACGAGGCCCUGCCGCCCUCCCGAGGCAGUCCGCACUCGCCUCAGCUCGCGGCAUUCCUUCGAGAUCAAACUCCCACCAAGAUCAACCACUUCAACCGCAUGCUCAGCCCUCGUCCUCGUCCUCGUCAUCGUCAUCGUCCUCUUCGCGCCCCCUGUCCUCUGCCACCUCCGACAAUCUUCCCAACAACCCCUCUGCCGCUGCUGGCCUGGACCCUCUCGCCCGAGAUACUCGCAAUGCCCUCUUUCUUCCUGGCCAUGGCGCCUCAUCCGCCUCCAUACCACCACUUGAACCCACCGACUCGACCGACGCUAACAACCCCCCCGACGCCGACAUGGAGAUCAUGCAAUCCCCCACCUACGAUAUCUCCAGCUUCCAGGGUAUCAGAGCUAUGCUGCUGGACCACAGGGACUUUCUCAAGGGUACGCGGGGCUCGUCGUUGGAGCGCGUCGACCCAGAGUCGAGAGUAACAGGACGCCUGCGCAACACGCGCGCCCACUCGCAUUCCACAAAUUCCUUCACCCCCCCCGUCCGCUCCUUGGACCAGAAGGUCCACAAGGACGUUGCCGUGCAAGAAGGACGACCCAAGAAGCUCGAGCAGCGCUUCUCCAUAUGCGAGGCCAUUGAUGGCCAGGAGGAUGGCCAGGUUGAGAAGUCGGCCAUGAUCGGCGCCGAACCAAACGCUCGCAGCCGCAAGGCUAGCUACAGCCUCCGCUUUUUCCGCGAGGGAUUGCCCAAGGAGGAAAAGACACCUGGCCGCAGAAAGGACACGCGCCCCAAGGAGAAACCCCCCCCGAGCCACGAACCUCAGGAGCCUUUAUCCCUCGACGACUUCGCCAAGGUUGCCAGUUCGCAGCCAUCUCCCGGGUUUCUCGACAAGAAGGACUGCUUGCCAAAACAGCUGGAAAGAUCACCCCAGUCUGGCGAAACCCCCAUUCUCACCGAAUCGCCCACUCAGGAUUAUUUUGGUCUAAGAAAGGUCAAUGGCGACAUUUUCCACAAGGCGGACACCGAGGGCGCCAGACAAGCUGGAACUCAGGCCGAUUUCAAGCUAGGGGACUCCGAGGGCGACGUUUCGCCUCCUGCCGUCCAAGCGGAUGACUCUCGACGCCCGUCCACAUGCAGCAGCGAACAUGGUGAAAGCCACGAGGAGGGCGACGAGUCGAGCGAGGAAAAGAUUUCCUCGGCAGUAUUCGUACCGCAUCCCGGCUUGGAAGAGGCCGCUGAGCGCGAGCGGGACGUGGCGAAGCCAAGACAGACGGCGGGAUCCCGCAUCAGCUCCAGAGCCGAGGACUUUCACCCUUGGCUGGUCAAAGCCGACGAACCCGAGCCCGAGCCUGAGGAUGAGGAGGCCUCUCCCGAUCGUCCCCCCGACACCCCCUCGCAAAAAGCUAAGCCAAAGCGACUCCCCGAAGAGCCGAAUGUUACUCUUCGUGAGGUCCAGCCCGGCACCAUUGACAAUCUUGCCAUUGAAGAGGAGCCGGAGCCGCCGGGGACACAACAGGUCCCCACCCAUCUUGACGAGCAUACCCAUCAUCACCAAGCUGAGGAAAAACAGCCUCUCGAGGCGAUUGAGCUCAUUCCCUACAAACAUCAGGUCGGCGGCCAUACCACACUGUGGCGCUUUUCCAAGAGGGCCGUGUGCAAACAGCUUAACAACAGGGAGAACGAGUUUUAUGAGAAGGUGGAGCAGGAUCAUCCGGACUUGCUGCCGUUCCUCCCUCGGUACAUUGGCGUGUUGAACGUCACGUUUCACAAGCAACCUAGGCGCAAGUCGACCCAUAAGCGUGAGGAUGCCCCUGUGCUGGAGCGCAGGAAGACCGGGGACAGCGGGAUAACGGUCUCGGCGUCACCUUCAAAGUCCAAUGCUGCCAAUGGCAAUUCAAACGGCGCAUCCCAAGCCAAUACAGACCCCCGCAGAAUUAUCAGCCAGUCACUGUCAAAUGCACCGGAGCCCAUACCGACCGUGACGUUCGAUGAUAACUGGCACAUUCUGCCAAGGAAUCUACUUCAGCCCACGCCGCCCCCUACUGCCGCCUUGCCGGCCCGCGGCCGGAGCACUUCGUCGUCAGGUCUGCCUGAUUACCCCGAGCAGGGCAAGUUUCCAUCCCCCUCAAGGCCCAGCUUGGACGAGAGACACGCCAACAGCUGGGGUGCGACGACUGUCAACAAGCGGCUGCGCAACGAGGUGUUCAACGACGUCUUCUUGAAGCAGCCGAUCCCGAUUCAUAAGCACCGUCGACCUCACCAGAAGUCGAUGGCUUUCCGGAAGCAGCCGACCCUGCGGCCGGCCAGCUCUGUUCCCGACCUGGUGCGCAGGCAAGACGUGUCUGUCCAAGAAGGUCACGCGCCUCAGCGUUCCAGCCCGCUCCGACCAAGCAGCGCCUCGCCGCCGCCGACGGAAAGCAUCCCAAUGGACCGUCCUGACCGUCCUAGCCAUGCAGAAGCAACAGAAACCGAGGACAGCGACGUCAAGGAUAUGACUGGCACUAGUGCACCGGAGCCGGAGACGCUGGCGGACAAGAUCAUCGCGCAGAAGAAGAAGCGGCGCUACUCUGGGACAGGGCUCCGACGGAAGCCACGAACAGUCACGGAGUCUAGAGGGCAUCUCAAGUACUGGGAGGAGGCGGAUGACGCUGGCUAUAGAGGCGAGGACGAAGGCGGGCAAUCUCUUGGCGCGUCGCAAGUGAGCUCGCCCAUGAUCGAAGCACCGAAUGCGAAUGGUGCGGGCUCUCGUGAAGGAGCCGCGACGGAACUGAGUCUUCCUGACUCUGCUACAGCUGCACUUGACACGGAAGCCUCGAACGAGGCUGAAGAUCAUUCCACACAUGCGUCGAUGGUGCCGUCCGAGAUGCCCAGUCCCACUCCAGAGUUCCACAAAAUUCCACGUCCCGUGAAUCCCAAGGAAGCACAGACACAGCGGGACUCCCGUGUGGAGUACUUUCUUUUGCUGGAGGACCUCACAGCAGGCAUGAAGCGACCAUGCAUCAUGGACCUGAAGAUGGGCACCAGACAGUACGGCGUCGAGGCGACGCCCAAGAAGCAAAAGUCGCAGCAGGGCAAGUGCGCCAGGACUACGUCGCGUGAACUUGGCGUGCGGGUGUGUGGACUACAGGUCUGGGACGUCAAGAGCCAGUGCUACGUCUUCAAAGACAAGUACUUUGGGCGCGACCUCAAGGCUGGCCAAGAAUUCCAGGACGCCCUGACGCGAUUCCUCUACGACGGCGUCGACUACUCGAGCAUCCUGCGGCACAUACCAACCAUCCUGCAGAAACUAGACCACCUCGAGUCGAUUGUCAAGAAGCUGGACGGCUACCGCUUCUACGCCGCCAGCCUCCUCAUGUUUUAUGACGGUGACAUGACGACCGAGGGUAACGAAUACGAUACAGUCGUUGACGAUUCUACGACUGACUUUGCAACUGACACGGAAGAAACGUCCGCGUUGCGCGAAAGGAAAAGGCAAAGCAAGAAGCGCGGCAUUGACUUCAAGAUUGCCGAUUUUGCAAACAGCCUUACCAAGGGUGACCUGGCCGAGGGGAAGCCAUGUCCGCCUCAACACCCUAAUGAGCCGGACCGUGGCUUCCUCCGAGGCCUUCGAACGUUGAGGAAGUAUUUCCUAAAAAUCCAGAAAGAUACCCGGGCGGCCAUGGGCCUGGACUGCCAUGGACGCAGUAACAGAACGGAUGUUGACGAUAUCGACAUUGAUCACAUCUCGGACGACGAGGGGCUCGUCAGCGAAUGA